AUGGCCCCUAAGGUGGAAAACAAGCAAGGCAAGACCAAGCCCAGCAGCAAGGCUGGUGCUGCUGCCAAGGCAGUUCUGAAGGGUGCAGGUGCGCACAAGGCUCGCAAGGUCCGCACCUCGACCACCUUCCACCGCCCCAAGACCCUUCAGCUUUCCCGGUCGCCCAAGUACCCUCGCAAGUCGAUCCCCCACGCGCCCCGCCUCGAUGCCCACAAGGUCGUUCUCUUCCCCCUCAACACGGAGAGCGCCAUGAAGAAGAUCGAGGAGAACAACACCCUUGUGUUCAUCGUGGACGUCAAGGCCAACAAGCGUCAGAUCAAGCUUGCUCUCAAGCAGCUGUACGACGUCGAUACCGUCAAGGUCAACACUCUUGUCAGACCCGACGGCUCCAAGAAGGCUUACGCCCGUCUUACUCCCGACGUCGACGCUCUGGACAUUGCUGCCACCAAGCUUGCUAUCGUCUAGAUGGGUUUGUCUGGGACUGGACGGGUUUUUCUUUUAGUUUUGUGCGGUGGUUCAUCAAUAUCAAAUAUACAGUUAACUGCCUGUGCUUCGACGAGGAUGCAAUGAUCAAAUCAAAAAAUGAAAAGCAUUACCCGAACCCAUGAUAUAGUAAUCAAGUAUAGAUGACACAGGAUGAUAC